AAGAAAGUUCAUGGUUACAUUUAUGUUAAAUCGGUUAAAAAGGACGGUGGUCGAAUAAGUUUUGUGAUACUCGGAGUUUACGUGGACGAUAUAAUUCCAGUUUCCAACGCUAAUCAAAUGCUGAAUUUAGAGAAGAAAGCGCUCAGAGAAAGAUUUAAGAUGGAUGACAGAGGUGAAGUUCAUUAUCUAUUGGGAAUGCUGAUUAAACGAGAUCGAGAAGCCAGAGUUACUACAAUCAGUCAGCGUAAUUACGUGGAACGAGUCCUAAGCAAAUUCGGAAUGGAAUCAUGUAAACCGGUUUCAACACCACUGGAACCUGGGACAAAGUUUUCAGAGUUGUCAAAUGAGGAUGAAAAAUUUGACACACAAACAUACCAGCAAGCGAUUGGAUGCCUAACCUAUCUUUCAGUGAUUUCAAGACCAGAUAUCUCAGCUGCAGUGGGAGCACUUUCACAAUUUAUGGCAAAACCUAGCAAAGAUCAUUGGAUCGGAGUGAAACGUGUAUUACGAUAUCUUAAAGGAACUUUAGAUUAUGGCCUGAAAUACUCAGCAGAUGAAAACCCUACACUAGUCGGUUAUUCAGACUCUGACUGGGCAGGAGAUAUUAAUACUCGUCGAUCAACAUCAGGUUAUGUAUUUCAAGUUGCUAAUAGCACAGUUAGUUGGUCGAGAAAAACGCAGAGGACAGUCGCGAAGAGUUCAACAGAAGCAGAAUAUAUUGCCUUAAGUUUAGCCACGCAAGAAGCGCUAUGGUUACAAAGACGUUAUAUGAUGUUGAAUUUAAAAUCAGAAAACCGAUAA